AUGAACUUUGUGCUCCAACAAGUUCUCAUCAAAAUAAUUUGGUCUGCCCAACGCUUUGUGGACAUUCCGAAUUACAAGUUUGAUGAAGUAUUGUUGAUUUUCAAGGAAACUUUGGAUGUCCUCAAGAAGAAAGAUCCCAGUGCUGAAGCUUGCGAUAAUCUUAAAAAGAUUGAUGGUCCCUCUGAUGCAAUAGGGGGAGAAAGAAAAAAUGGUCGUUGGAAUUGGACAAAUGAGUUCAAACUUCGUGAUGAACCUUCCGAGGAUGGUGACAUCAUGAAGGAUGCCACAAAUGAAGAAGAGAAACAAAUUGCUACAACUGAACAAGAGCAUCCUCCCUUUGAAAAGUUCAUAACAGAAGAAGAGAAAGCAGAAUGGUUAACCUGGCCAUCCAGUCUUGUUGACUCUGUGAAUAAAAGCAUUCAAGUUGCCAAGGUUAAAACACAACUCAAAAUUGAUGUUGUUCGAGCCACCCAACCAAAGUCGAUUCCGAUACCUCCUCCAAUUAUCUUUUUAAUCGAUGAAGGCACUCCUAUAUAG